AAAAGCAACGGGCAUAAACAAACACAAACGGAUUGUAACGGUAAACAGAACGGAUGUUAAACGUGACACGAGAAAAACAGAAAAAAAUGUGUGUAAAAUAAAUCUUUGAAUGGAAAAAAAUCGGAAGAAAAAAAAUAGAACUGUGAUAACAAAACAAACAAUAAAAUAGCUCAAGAAAUACUCAAGAAAAUCAAUUUUUUAUAUGAAAUAAAGUUUAUAAUAAUAAAUUGACAAGUGAAGAAAUCUUUUAAAAAUAAACGAAACAUAACAUGAUAAAUAAAUUUUAAUUUAAUGUGGCUCGGGCACUACACUAAUUGACUUUAAAAUGAAAUUAUAAUAAUAACAAAAAGUAAAAAAAAAAACUUUCGCACUUGGUAAACUUUCUCGUCGGAACAGCAGCAGCAGAAACAACAAAAACACCACCGAUUUUUACGUACUUCACAACAACAACAACUACUUGUACGCCAACUUCAUUGUUUUUUUUAAUAUUUUGCUUUUAUUUUGACAAAAAAAUACAACAACAGCAACAAAAAGAAUUCUGUGGAUAAAGAAAUCGCGUGCAAACUUGCAAACAAAAUAGACUGACAGACAGCCAAACAAAUAUGUAAAGUGCAUUUAUUUAGCUUUGUGUAGCAACAACACAUACGCACAUAUAAACAAAUACAUACUUGCACCUGCCAAAAACAACAACAACAAUAACUAAAACAAAUAUUCAAUAGUUAAAUUAUUCCAGACAACUGACUGUUGCUUCUGUUUAACAACAAAUUUAAACACUGAUUUAUUAGUGGUUUUGUUGUUUGUUUACAUUUCUUUGUUAUUGUCUUUCGAUUACAAUUUGCUGUUAUCGUUCAUUUGUUUGUUUUCAUUUAACUUUUGUUGUUGUUUUACACUUUUAUACAUUUUAAUCGAAACAGACCGGUCUCUAAUUAAUUUAUAAAAGCACUUUAAUAGUUUUUUUCUAUUAAAAAAUUUAAAAUUGUUGCUGCAGUCGUCAUAAUAAUAGUAGUAGUCGUUUAUAUUGUGCUUAUACCCAUCGCCAACGUCGCUGUCUUCGUCCGUCGCUGCUGCCACUUGUACGAGUAUGUUAAUUAGUACAAUGAAAAUUCUCAUUGCAUUGAUUUUAAGUCUCAUGUUUACAAUUUCACUUGUCAAACUUGUGUUGUUGUUUUGGAACGAAUAUCCCUCACUGCUGCUGUAUGGCUUUCGCAGUGACCCCGCACUGCCCACUGUCGACCUUUGGUUGGAGCAGAAUAAUCUAACGGAUUAUAUACAAUUAUUUCAAGAUAAAGGCAUAUCAUCUCUCUCAAGUUGUGGCGAUCCGGAACGCCUACCAGAACUGCCGCCCGGCGAUGAGCAACGCCUACAAAGAGCCGCAUUACACUUACAACAGAAACUUAUCUUACGCGAAUGGCUUAAAGAUCAUCGUCUUCAACAUCACUAUCAACGACUACUCAACGUUGAGGUAGCUUCCCUCGAAGAUGUCUAUUGGCUAGAAGAUUCUAGAGCUAGUAAAAUAUUGGGCAAAGAUUGGCAAGUAUGGUCACAGGCCAGACAAAAUCUACCAACAUCCAAGUCACAGCUAGAUGCCUUAAAAGCACAACUGUGGUCCACAGUGGUGAAGUCAUCACAACAUCAAGAUGCCUGGACUUGGGGAGGUAUGUUGGUGGUAUCGGUUUCCGUGGCAGGUUUAGUGACUUUGGCCGCUAUGACGCAACCGUCGUUGGCACCCGAAGCACGUCAUUCUUUGCUGCAAUAUGUAACGGGUAAAUAUCUACUGCCGGCUAAUUGUAAAGUGCAAUGGGACUGGAAAGAUCCCGCUGUUGUGGGUGGCACCAUGUGCUUUGUGGUGCGUUUCUAUCAACGUAAUGGCCAGCCUUAUCCCAUCUGUGAUACAGAUCAAUUUUUCGUUGAAGUUACCGAAGGUACACGCAAAAUGGUUACCAUUAGUGAAUUGGGCUCACCCACAGAUCCGAAUAAUGCAAAUAUAGCUAAAGUCAAAUUUACCGUACGCACAGCGGGACAAUAUAAAAUAUCGGUAAUGAUUGGCUCCAGCCAUAUUGCAGGAUCACCGUUUAUCAAGAAUUUCAUACCGGGCAGCAUAGAUGCACGACGUUCGAGAUUUAUAAGGCCCGCCAGUACGGUUAUAUGUUGUGCCGGUUCGCCCACAUUAUUGCAUAUCGAGCCAAGAGAUGAAUUUGGCAAUGCCUGUCAGUUUGAAGAGAAUGAAGAUCCGGGAAAGGGUUAUCAUGUGGAAAUCUAUGAUUUACAUGGCCAGCCCUUGGAAAAGUUACGUAAUGCCAUUGCCUUUUCCUAUGAUCGAGUAAAUGCUCGUGUAGCAGUAACCGCUUUAUUUCCCGAACCUAUCUGUUUGCGUGCUGUUAUAAGUUACUUGGAACAAAAGCUACCCAAUGGUGACUUUGAUAUUAUAGUAUUAAGCAGUAGUGACACCACAUUGGUGCAUAAAAAUAUCGCUUCACGUAAACACAACAUUUGCUAUGAGGCCAAACUCUUAAGUAUAUUCGGUGUGGCCAAAUCUAAACCACGCAAAGUACUCUGCUAUGUGGGACCGAAACAAGUUACAAUCAAAGAAAUGAUCUUAAAAUUUAUACCCAAACGUGUUGCAACAUUCCGCCUUUGCCCCUCGACCAAAUUUCAUUUUCUACCCCAACUACCCACACACGUUCAUGGCCCUAUUUUCAUUAUAGACGAUGGCGCUCAACCGAAAAUAGAAUUAGCCUCACGUGAUCGUAAUAUUAUAGCGGCCACGUUUACCCACUUUUUGCUGAAGAACAUUGGAGGUUCGGAAACCUUUAAAGAUAAACAGGAUUUCUUUUAUCAUGAAGUGCGAAAAUUUCAUGCGAAUUACUAUCAUGAGAAAUUGGCUUUAAAAGUGCAAAGAGAGAAAAUUUUAGAGAGCAGCAUGAAGGCCACAAAAAAUUUCUCUGUUUCGGAUUGGUGUGGCAAUUUUGAGGUGACGUUUCAGGGGGAACAAGGCAUUGAUUGGGGCGGCUUGCGUCGUGAAUGGUUUGAACUUAUAUGCAGUGCUUUAUUCGAUCCUCGUGGUGGUUUAUUUUGUAGUUUUCAUGAUAAGCAUCAGGCUUUAGUGCAUCCCAAUCCCCAUAGGCCGCCUCAUCUGAAACUAAAGCAUUUUGAAUUUGCUGGGAAAAUAGUGGGCAAAUGUUUAUAUGAAAGUGCCUUAGGUGGUACCUAUCGCCAGUUGGUGAGAGCCCGUUUUACCAGAUCAUUUCUGGCACAACUUAUAGGUUUAAGAGUACAUUAUAAGUAUUUCGAACAAGAUGAUCCUGAUUUAUAUCUAUCAAAAAUCAAAUAUAUAUUGGAUACCGAUUUGGAUACUACCGAUUCAUUGGAAUUAUAUUUUGUGGAGGAAAUUUACGAUGCCAGUGGCCAAUUGACGAAAACUUUGGAACUCAUACCUAACGGCUCGAAAGUGAGAGUUACAAAUGCCACUAAAAAUCAAUAUUUAGAUGCUUUGGCCCAACAACGACUAUGCAAUAGUGUUAAAGAUGAGGUGGAUAGUUUUCUAAAGGGUUUAAAUGGUAUCAUACCCGAUAACCUAUUAAGUAUAUUUGAUGAAAAUGAAUUAGAGCUUCUUAUGUGCGGUACCGGUGAAUAUUCGAUAGCCGACUUUAAGGCCCAUCACAUAGCCAAUGGCAAUUCUUCGGAAUUCCGCCGAGUUUUAGCCUGGUUUUGGGCCGGUGUUAGUAAUUUCAGUCAAACUGAAAUGGCGAGACUAUUACAAUUUACCACAGGUUGUUCACAACUGCCACCCGGAGGAUUUCAAGAGUUAAAUCCACAAUUUCAAAUAACAGCUGCACCUACAUUUGGCAAUCUGCCCACAGCACAUACCUGUUUCAAUCAACUCUGUUUGCCCGACUAUGAAAGCUACGAACAGUUUGAGAAAGCCCUGCUGCUGGCUAUAAGCGAAGGCACCGAAGGAUUUGGCAUGGUUUAAGAAUGUAUAUACAUACAUAUAUACAAUAGUUAAUAAGGAUUUGUGAUCUCGUUAUUGGAGUUCUAAAUAAGUGUGUGUUCCUUAAGUUUAAUUUGUAGUUACUAGCGUACAAAAAUGCUUUAAAUUAGUAGUUUAAGCUAAAAACAACAAAAACAAUACAAAACAAUUUUUAAGAGUUUUGGUAUUAGAAAAAAAAUCUUAAACGCUUUUUUGCUGUAAGAAAUUCUAAGGCUCUAAAAUAUAAAAAAAUAUAUAUAGAUUUAAAAAUAUAAAAAAAUCUAAAAACACUAAAACUGAUAUUUAUAUAAUAAUCCUGUAAUAACAAUUUUAAAAGCAAUACGUAAUUAGAAAAAAACACCUUAAGUUUUGGACUAGAAAUAUUUUGACCAAAAAAAAUUACACGUCCUAAAAACUUUUUUCCAAAAAACUAAACUAUAAAUUAAAAACAACCCCUACAUUUUUUAAGUAGUAAAUUGUAAACAUCUUAACUAGUCAACUAGAUCCACUUACACCUAGAGAAAAACCAAAAAAGAAAUCGUAUCAACAGCAAAUAUUGUGAUAAAUUGUAAAAAUACACGCAAUAUUUAAUUUCUUUCAAAUAUUUUAUUUACUUUAAAACACAUUACAUUUUAAUUUUUUUUCCUUUAAUGAAAAUUUUAAAACUCCUACUUUUCCCAAACACAUAACUAAGCUUAUAUUUAAUAUUUAUAAAAAAAUCAUAGAUUUUGUUUUGAAAUUUAAAAAUCAACAAAAUAUUGUGUUAAAUAAAAAAAAACAUAAUUUAAUAAUAAAGCAGAAAAAAUAGUUGAAAUUUUAGGAAUUUAAAAAAGAAAUGUUAUUUAUCAUAAAGUUUAAAAUAGACGAAAAAAAGAAAGAAUUUAAAACAGCUAAUUUACACUAUUCGAGUUAUCAUGUGAGUAGUUUAACAGUAAAAGUAGAAGAAAAUUCACCUUGAAGAUAUGUGUUAUCGUUUAUACUUUCAGAUGAAAACUCUGAUAGUGUAAAGGUGGCUGGAAUAAAUACCGUUGUUGAGUGAAAAAAAAAUAUAUUUAAAAAAUCGUAAUAAAUAAAACGAAAAUUAGAAA